AUGUCUUCAGUCACCAAGUCUCACGUUGAGGAACUCGAGACCUGGCUUAUUUCAGUCAUCGUUUUCGAGAAAUUUUACAAACCUGAAGAUGUGAUACUGGAAGGUUCCAAGAUUCCAGAAAAGAAAGUAACAUCCUUUAGAGAACUGGUGCAAAAGAAGUUUAUUGAUAUUUCAAAAAAACUAAAAAAACCCAAAUCUUUAUCUCAUACUUCGUUUGCCUUUAGGUGGAAAGAUAUAUGGAAUUUCUUACGAAACAACUGGAAGCAAUUUAUAUUAGCAGACAUUCUUAUCGCUCUUGCCGUUGAUAAGGUCAGUGAGUAUCGUAUCAGUUUAGCUCUAGAAAAUGGUACUAGGCCUAUACCAAUAGUAGAGAAGGAUGAAUUUGUUAAACGAUCUCAAAUUUCAAAUACCCUUAAAAAAAUUUUUAAACCAGAGGAAUGUCACUUAUAUUAUCAUGUUGUCUGCGGAGAACAUGUAACUGGCAAGACAACAUUGACUAGAAUGGAGAUAAAAAGUGUUAAAAAAGGUGUCAUCUAUGUUGAUGUUCCUUCUGAUUUUGAGAACUUGGGAAAAGCUUUUGGGAAGGCCAUAAAUUUGUCAUUCUUUGAAGAUACCUCUAUAACAUCGCUUCUGGUUCGAAAAUUUUUUUCUUCUGCAAUGGCUGUAACUGGUGGUGAGUCUGCCAUCUCCUCUUAUCAAUGGAGAAGAGUUAUGGAAAUUUUUCAACAUGCCUCUGAAAUGUAUAAAAUAAAACAUAAAAAACCCUUG